UUUUUUUUUUAAUAUAACCACAGUUAUAAUCGACUAUAUAUAUUAUUAAACAUAUAGCAGGUUGUCGACCUUCCACGAAAGGUAUCAACGAAGAUAUUUGUCGAGUAGCGAUCGAUGCAUCACAAUCGAUAUCACGACUUGGUGAAACGAAAGUGUCUCCUGCAUUUAAUAUAUCGCCAAGUCGCUGAUAUCUCUCUCUGUGGACCAUUCGAGAUUCUUGUAUCGAUUCGAUGCGCCAUCGUACAUACAAUCCACUUAUCUUAUCAUGUAAAAAUACAUUACUGUUUCGAAACACACGGAACCUUUUUAUAAUUCCAACAUCUCCUGAAAUACAAUUAACGAUUCACAUAAUUUAUUUGCUUGAGAGCUUUUCUAUUCAAGCUUAUAAUAAUUAAGUAUUAAGACUUUUGAUAAUUUGAAAAUAAUUAUUAAUUAAUAUAACAAUGAAAAAAUAUGAAGAAAAGUACACAAUAGUAGUAUUUACAUUAUAUUUAUAAUAAGUGACGUUAAAUUUACUUAUGUAUGUAUUUUAUAUAAUUGGCCUUAUUCUUUUGCUACAUAACUUUGCUUCAAUUUUUUUAUUUGUUUAUAUGUAUAGCACACUUAAUUUAUUUUAUUUUUAUUUUACUUUUAUAAUUUAAAUGUAAACUAGAUUUAACGUGCUAAAAUACCCACAUUUUAAAUAAAAAGCUAAACUGUAGAAAUAAUAAUUCGCAUAUUUGCUACGCUCAAUUUUAUUAUCAGGAGAAGAUUCUCUCCAAGAUUAACUCUGUUAAUUCUCGAAAUAUUUUUCGCGAUAUUAAUGUUAGAAAUGGAUGACACACAUAGUGAGAAAACACGAUCUUUUACAUAAAUAACUGAGUUAAAAUUUUGUCUCGCAAUUUUAGAAGAUUUUCGAUAAAACUUGCAUUAAAACUCAAUUGAUUAAUUAAAAAAUUUUGCACCAAAUUUAACAUAAUGCUAAUUUGAAAAUUGUACAAGGAUAGAAACAAGCAGCAUAACCAGCUUGAUAAAUAAAACGAUGCAACUGUCAUGUGUAUAAUUAUUCAUACAAUGCGGUAAAAUAAUAUCAAUAAGAAAAUAAUACUUGUUCUAAUUACGUAUUUCUUAACGCGAACGAACGAUUAAACGAGUCGUCGCACUGUAUAACAGCCGACAGCUGUGCGUUCGUUGUUAGCAAUGCAAUUAAAGACGGAAUAACCGAGUGGAAGCACCAUGACUCACGGAGGAGAGUGACGAUUCAGCGAGAGAAAAUGUGAGAGAGCGACCGAAAGAAAUCACAAGCCGGACAAACACGGGAUAUCGGAUCCGACUGAGACGAUGGGAUAUGGACCGGGAAAUAUUCAAAUUUCUUUGGCUAACGGGAACAUUAUGAAGAUUCCUCUGGCAAGUAUCAAUAUCAGCGAGGAGGUGAAUAAGACCGGUAUCUGGCAACAGGUCAACGAAGGCAACGAAAAGUCGAAGCAAUCGAAAUCACUAAUCAAUGUGGGAAAACAAAAGAAGCACCCGAAGAAGGACAACUCGCUGUUAGCCGACGAGACAACGAGACUGACGACGAUGACCGAAGAGGACGAAGAUGACAGUGGAAUCUCGAUCAAGGUGACAAACGUAAAUGACUCUAAAUUCUAACUACCAUCACCAUCACCAAAAACCGACAAUUCAUAUGGCAAGACACACAGCAAGAGCACCAACACACCGGCAUGCAACAUAUCCCAUGCACCGCCGCUGUGAGUAAAUUUUCAAGCGAGGACGGCAUGACAGUCCUCGUCGAGUCGACGUAAAAGCGAAUUCAGACAUGGACGACUCGUCGUAGAAAAAAUGGAUUUUCGUAGACGACGAGAAUGUGACGAUAAUCACGCUUUUAUCAUAUAACAAUGACAGUAUAACAACGGCUAUACAUGAAAUAUUAAUUCGCGACUGUAAUGCACGCAAUUCCGCGUGACUUAGUUUUUAGAUUCGAAGCUUCAUUUUACUCUAGACGUAUAAAAAUAUCAUUGUAUAAUUAUUCAAACAAAAAGAGUUUUUUUUUUAUUUUAUUAUUGUUACGAAUUCAUUUAUUACAUUAUAUGUCUAACUACAUUUCAUUCUUUUCGUCGUAUAGCAACAUAAUCAUCUAUGAGAUUCAGCUUUGCAAUUCGUGCUUAUAGAAAUAUAUACGGACGUGUCCUGCGUUGAUUCGUGCAACAAAGUAAUUAAGCACUGAUUGAGAAGACGUUACAUGUACGUCUGGACUCAUUUCUUAUCGAUGCCCAUAUUUCACCUUCAUAUUACUUAUCAUGUAUGCAGUAGUUAAUUUUGUAAUUAUAUGCAUUUUGUUAUAUAAGAGGGAUAACCAUGCAUCCAAAAUGAUCGAAGAAAGACGUAAAAUGCGAAUUUAAGAAGAAAUAGACUGAUAUAACGUUUUCUCUCUUUGUAGAAAAUGGAAUGAACGCAUCUAUAAUUGCAUGUUCCUUUUUUCAUUACGUUAUUAACUGUUUUUUUUACCGUUGCAUGGAUAUUAAAAAACUGCUUUUUUCGUCAUUUCAUUAUAUCAAUACAAUGCAUAAAUAAAAGAAAAAAUCUCAAAUUCGUUUAAAAAAAUUUUCAUUGAUAAUUUAUUAAAAAUAGAAAUUCUU